AGGAGUGAGGCCUAGAGCAAAGAAACGCAAAUAUAAGAAUGGAAAAAGAUACGCUUCUUCGACGUUUUAACAACAAAAAUAAAGGUUAGCUAUUUGCCUUUUGACAAAAAAAAAAAAAAAUGUAACAAAACUCAAUAUAAUUUUUUUCCCUAAACCUUAUCCCACUUAGAAAGGCCAGUUGCUGUAUUUCCUAAAAAGGGGCAUGGCUUUGGUUAAUCCUUCCUGUUUUUGUUUGGUAAUGCCCGCUGACGUCUACCCUCUAUGGAUACUGGUCAUUUUUCAAGGCAAACAUGUGGUAAGUUUAUUUGUUUGCUAAAUCAAUAUCAAGUCUUGAUUCGGCAGGGGCAGGGGCAGCCUUCUCUAAUCACUUUUCCUACAUUUUAUUUUAUUUAUUUAUUUAUGGCUUUGUUCUGCAAUUUUAUAACUAUUAAAAAAAAAAAAAAAAAGUCUCAAAUUGGUGCUUAAAAAUAUACUACUAGUAGUUGCAACAAUCUCCAAAACCCUUUAUUGAUGGGGGCAAAAAUAAAGUUCCUGUAGCUGCAGUUUCUUAUUUUUACAAUGGCUGCAACAGCAUCAAUUGCAACUUCAUCACUGCUAUUAGCGUCCUCUCUGAGGAAAACCUAUCUCAAUAUCUUUCCCACCCAAUUACCUUCUCCCGCUGCUUGUAGCAACCAAUCUCUUUUCAGGUCAAGUUUUCAAAACGGGCAGCAUAAUCCUCUUCCUUUGACCAAAACAAGAGCUUCCUCAAAUGGGUUUCUUGAUACAGCUUAUACAAGCAGAGAAGAGGAGAUUUUACCUUUUUCUGAGGCGAAGCCAUUGAAAUUCCUCGUCUGGGUUGUGUUCUGGGCUUCCUUAUCUCUAGUUUGGUAUGCUGCGUCUGGGGAUGCUAAUGCCGCUACUGCUGCUGCUGACUCCAUUAGAGCUUCCGGCUUUGGCCUCAAGAUUGCUAGUGCUUUGCGUGGCUCGGGCUGGCCCGAUGAGGCUGUGGUGUUUACUCUUGCAACACUUCCUAUUCUUGAGCUUCGAGGAGCUAUUCCUGUUGGUUACUGGAUGCAACUCAAGCCUACACUCUUGACAAUCUUAUCAAUUCUUGGGAAUAUGGUUCCAGUGCCCUUCAUUAUACUUUACCUUAAGAGAUUUGCUACUUUUCUUGCUGGAAAGAACCAGUCUGCAUCUCGGUUGCUUAACAUGGUGUUUGAGAAGGCCAAACAGAAGGCUGGUCCUGUGGAAGAAUUUCAAUGGCUUGGGCUGAUGCUUUUUGUGGCUGUUCCUUUCCCUGGAACAGGAGCAUGGACUGGAGCCAUCAUAGCUUCUAUUCUUGAUAUGCCCUUCUGGUCAGCUGUAUCAGCCAAUUUCUUUGGUGUUGUGUUGGCUGGGCUUCUGGUAAACUUGGUGGUGAACCUGGGUCUCAAGUAUGCCAUUGUUACUGGUGCUUUGAUUGGGUGGGAACUUCAUAUGCUUAAACUCGAUAAACAAUCAUCCUUUCUGAGCUGGAUUGCCUGCCCAAUCUCCUCCCAAGUUGUCCUUGAAAGAGGGAGGCAAGGUAUUUGGGAAAUUAAAGUACAUUUCCACUGCUGUGAUAGGUGAAGCUUUCGAAUAACUCACAUAUCUGACUCACAUCUAGAAACUAUAUAGUAGCAAUUUGUUUAGAUAAUUCUCCGACCAGAUAGAUUAUACAAGUUAUUUUGCUAAUUAGUUGCUUCAGCAAUAGAGAGAGAGAAGCUGUAAGAUAUUGCCAUUUUCCAUAAGGACUUUGGCAGUUCUGAGUUUUCUCGUCAUGUUUUGUGUGGUUUCAGAUGUUACUUGCCAUUAAUCAAAUUGGCUUUGACCAACAGAACGUCUGAAAUGCCAAAGAUUGAACAACAACGUAUGUUUCAAUCUUUGCUUAAUUUCCACUUUAGAGGGAUGGCUGAGUUCAAAGUACGUUAAACCGGCUUGGCUUGUUUCAGCAGCUUUCUUUUCUAAAAUUGUUGAAUGUGAGAUCUAAUAACUUCAUAAAUAACAUGUGACACAAUACGAAAAUGGUAUGUGUUUUAAAAAAAAUCUCUUAUUUAUUUGUAUUAAUACGAAUUUUGACAUGA